UUUUUCCGGAAGUAACUACGUGUGCAUUUUCGCGACAGUUCAGGAAGCAUUUGCAAGCUGCAAUUGUGUCGAAAAACAGCAGUUGCUGUUUCAUGUAAAGGAGUAAAGCAGAAGAAGUUUUCCAGCACCAUGUUACCAACCACUUCGCCAAAUGGCGCUCUCGGCUCCAGGGACGCUGCGCGCCACACGGCGGGAGCCAAGCGCUACAAGUACCUACGGCGCCUGUUUCAUUUUAGACACAUGGACUUUGAGUUUGCCCUGUGGCAGAUGCUUUACUUGUUCACGUCACCACAGAGGGUCUACCGGAACUUCCACUACAGGAAACAGACCAAGGACCAGUGGGCCAGGGACGACCCGGCUUUUCUGGUCCUGCUCAGCAUCUGGCUGUGUGUGUCAACAAUAGGUUUUGGAUUUGUGCUGGACAUGGGAGUGCUGGAGACUCUGAAGCUGCUGCUGUGGGUGGUCUGUGUUGACUGUAUAGGGGUCGGUCUGUUCAUAUCAACCCUAAUGUGGAUAAUCAGCAACAAAUACCUGCUGAAACAUCCCAGCAGAAACUUUGAUGUGGAGUGGGGCUACGCAUUUGAUGUUCAUCUCAAUGCUUUUUACCCACUCCUGGUCAUCCUGCACUUUCUGCAGCUUUUUUUCAUUAAUCAUAUUGUGGUGAUAAAUUCAAAUUGGUUCCUGGGCUACUUUGUUGGAAAUACUUUAUGGCUGAUUGCUAUCAGUUAUUAUCUCUACAUAACCUUCUUAGGAUACAACGCUCUGCCCUUCCUGACAAACACCGUGGUGCUGCUCUACCCCUUCGCUCUGCUCAGCCUCAUCUACAUCCUCUCUGUCUCACUGGGUUGGAACUUCACUCAGGGUCUCUGCUGGUUUUACAAAUACAGAGUCCAGUAGGAAGUGUUUGGCGCCCGGGUUGGACUCCAGCUGACUCCAAACCUGUCCGCAGCUCACACCUGCAGGGUAAAGACUCCAUUUAGAGCCACUGCUGGUCAACAUCGAGAGAGAGACUUCUGGUUGGCUGCCAGUGAACUGAGCCUCUGGGCCCUCUGUUGCUCAGCUUUGUCUUGAUUUUCUGUUUGGCUCUUAUGUUGAACCGGAGCUCCACAGUCGGAAUACAGAAAUUCAAUUGGACUUCCCGCAGAAACAAGACGACUAACGACACACAGCUUUUUAUUGGGUAUUUUUUUUUGUAUGAUUUGUAAAUAGUUCUCUUUCAGGUUGUAAUAUAUACACAGAGGAUUGUUCCUGAAGGAGAAUAAUUUGCUCUUUGAGUUGUUUUAGGGGAAGAAGGACAAAGAAAAGAAUCAAAUCCUGCUUAUUGAAGAGAAAUAAAGAAGGAGGAGAAAAAAAUUGAUGGAAGCAUUUUUUCCUUUUCUUUUUUCUUACUGUGUACAUUCCAAAGCACUUUCAAUAAAGGGUUUUAUGGUAGUCAUUGUCUCACUGUUCCUAAUCCCCAGCAGAACGUUUGCCCUCCAGACCGGAAAGGUUUUUUUUGUGGCGUGCGCCAAUCUCAAUCUCCAUAGUUUUUUCAAGUUGUGUUGCAUGAAAGCAGACCUCUUAUUGAAAUAUCUGAGCAGUAUUUCAUCACACGGCGUGAUUAGACAAGCAGAAUCCUUCUCUGUCUGUAAAACGUAUUCAAAACCAUGAGGCUCAAUAAAACAAACAACUUCUGAGUUGUCAAAACUAAACCUUUCUUAAUUCAUGACAUGUCCU